CGAAGAGCAGCCGCACGUGAGGUUUCUCAAGUACUUAUCCUUUUUUUAAAAUUAUGAUAAUUCCUAUUGCCAAAAGACCCAGCUGAAACCGCCGAAAUGGAAGCCACUGGACCGCGAAACCGCUACAAGUACCUGCUGACCACCUACAUCUUCUGCUCGACGCUCUUCACAAUUUCCCUCUUCUUAUUCGCCUUCUUCCCCCUGAACCACCACAGCAACUCGACAGCCUCCACCGACGACAUCCCCACCUCAAUAAACGGGGUUAAGCUAAACACAAACAGCCUAUACAAACCCUCAGCUCAGAAAGUCAUCUUCAUGGUGAUCGACGCUCUCCGCUGGGACUUCAUAACGAACGCGGAGAAGACGAACUCGAUGCCAUCCACUACCGCGUCAAUCUCAAACAACUCGGCUUGCCUCAUUCAAGCUCGAGCGAACGCUCCCACCGUAACAAUGCCCAGGAUCAAAUCCAUGAUGACGGGAGCAGUCUCCAGCUUCAUCGACGUCGCCCUCAAUUUCGGGGAGGCCUCCGUCAGCAGUGACUCCGUCCUCAAUCAAGCGAAAAAUCACGGCCACAGGAUCAUAUUCUACGGCGACGACACCUGGAUCAAACUAUUCCCAAACAUCUUUCAUCGCCACGAAGGCACGACUUCCUUCUUCGUCUCGGACUUCAAGGAAGUCGAUGACAACGUGACUCGUCACAUAGAUGAAGAGUUGGAGAUCAAUAACGACUGGUCGAUAAUGAUUCUUCAUUAUCUAGGGCUGGACCACAUUGGUCACGUCUUCGGACCCCAAAGUCCUCUCAUCCAGCCCAAAUUAAGAGAGAUGGAUGAUGUCAUCGAGAGGAUUUUGAGGAAAAUGAACAAGUGGAAUGACGAUGGCAUCUCCUCGAUUUUGAUAGUCUGCGGGGAUCACGGGAUGAAGAACUCCGGAGGGCACGGUGGAGCCACCCCAGAAGAAACUCUAGUCCCUUUCGUUGUCUUUGGAGACACCUGUUCUGGGGAAUUCAGCCAGAUUGAGCAGGUCGACAUCGCGACGACUCUGUCCAUGAUCCUGGGGAUUCCCAUACCUCAAUCCAACUUGGGAAGUGUCUCCAUGGAGAUCAUCAGGGAUCUACCUGGUGCCCAUCAGCUGUUUCUCCUUCAUUACAACGCCAAGCACAUGUUCAGUCACUUCCGGAAACUGUCGGAGUUCGAAUCCUCCGAGGUUUAUGAUAACUAUUACAAGGCGAUCAAGUUGCAUACCGAGUGGUUGAUCGACAAGAACAAGCAUAAGGCUGAGCAGCAGUUGAACUACAUAAUUCGUCUCUAUGAUACAGUGCUCAAGGGGAUGAAGGAGAUCCUGAUCAAGAGUGCUGUCAAGUACGAUCGAACCAUAAUGACGAUCGCAAUCGUGAUGAUUCUCCAGACUUUGUGGAUAAUUUCCAAUAAAAAUGGGGACAAAUCCUUCUCUGGUAAAUGGUUCUUCUACUGGUGGACGAUUGGGGUCAGUCUCUGGCUGGCGCUCAACCAUCUGCUGUACAUCGAAAGUAACGAAGUUUACUUCGAACUCGAGGAUUCCCGGAUCAUGGUAAUAGUCUGCAUCUUCUUUACCAUCAACUGCUGCAUUUGCCGACCGAUUCACGAGUUCAUUUCCUCGGAAAUCUCCCUGGAGUUCUCGAGAAUGAUCUUCCCUGCUGCGAUGGUUCUUCAUCUCAUCAGUUUAUCCAGCAGCAGCUUCGUGGAGGAGGAGCACCAGACCUGGUACUUCUUCUGGGGAACUUUACUGACGCAUCUGUUGUCCGCAGAAAUCGGGAAAAUUUAUCAUGAUUAUCGUAAUGAGCUGAGGAGUAACGACGUCCUUAGGGUUGCGAAGAUAUUGUUCUUGAUGACUCAGCACAGAAUACUCAGGAAAUUGAACAGCACUGGUCAUAACUACGCACAUCUGCCGGACAUUGGCGGCUGGAUGAGAGGUCAAGAAUCAAAUUUAGUCAUGAGUCUUACUGUUCUAGUUUCUCUCGGUUUAUUAGUCUUCAUUGGGGUCAUCUGCGAGGAGAAGAGGUCGAGGAGAGUCACGCUAGGGUUUCACGUUGUUUUAGCGGUCUGCGUGUAUUCUAGACAUGCAGCGGAUAAUUCUGUUGUGAGUUUCGUCACGAUUUAUCCACAGUCAAAGGGGGUUUAUGAGGUCAGAAUCUUUUGGGGAGUUCUGGCGUUAUUCUUGGCUUAUUGCACUCGAAGAGGGUUUUUGAGUUAUAAGAAUGAGAGGAGAAAGUUCCUGCAGAGGGUGGUUUUUAGUGUAGUUCAGAUCUGGGUGAUGGUGGUGACUCUCCUUCAUCGGCCUCAUAAUAUUGCGCUAGUUCCCAUGGAAUUGAUUACGAUUUUAGUGAUUUAUGAUUUGAUGCAGAGUAGUAGGGAUGGAGGGAAUUUGUUUUGUGUGAGCUAUUGGGUGGGGAACGUGUUUUAUUUCUAUCAGGGAAAUUCUAAUAGUCUGGCGACUGUUGAUGUCGCCGCUGGAUACGUGGGACUCCAGGCCUAUUGGCCUAUUUUAGCGACGAUUUAUUUGUGUGUUAAUACAUACUCUGCACCGAUUCUAGCGUACUUGAUGCUUGUGUAUAAGAAUACUUGUGAAAAUCAGGGGGGUUGUUGUAAUACUGUUGAUGUAUUUUCGAUUAAUAGAGUAUAUUCGAUGAUGAGGAUUUUUCCACUGGCUAUUUACACCAUUAUUGUUACCAUUCAGAGGUACCACUUGUUCAUCUGGACGGUUUUUUCGCCGAAGUUAUUGUAUGAAGCUAUGUACACUGCAGUAUUGUUUUUUGUGAUGUUUGUAAUGCAAAUGCCUUUUUUACUGACUAAUGAAUAAAGAUUAUUGGGAUUUCAAAGAG